AUGACGGCAAUGAGAAUUGAGGAAAUCAGUCACGAUACUAAGAAAUUCCGGUUUGGGCUACCUUCACCAGAUCAUAUAUUAGGAUUACCUGUAGGCCAACACGUUUACCUUUCUGCAAAAAUCAAUGGUAAUCUGGUGAUUCGAGCCUAUACCCCAGUUUCCAGUGAUGAGACAAAAGGUUAUGUUGAUUUAAUUAUAAAGGUCUACCACAAAAAUGUGAAUCCCAAGUUUCCAGAAGGUGGGAAGAUGUCCCAGUACCUAGAUGACAUGAAGGUUGGAGAUAUUAUUGACUUCAGAGGGCCAAACGGGCUCCUUGUCUAUAAGGGGGCAGGUACCUUUCUUAUCAAGCCUCAUAAGAAGUCUGAAGCAGAGAAAAAGUUUGCAAAGCAUCUUGGGAUGAUAGCUGGAGGAACAGGAAUAACUCCUAUGUUGCAGCUGAUCCGUCAUAUCACAAAUGAUCCUAAGGACUCCACCAAAUGUUACCUUCUUUUUGCUAAUCAGACAGAAAAAGAUAUAUUACUGAGAGCUGAGCUAGAAGACAUUGCUAAGAGGCAUCCUGAUCAGUUCACGCUUUGGUAUACACUGGACAGACCUCCCCAAGAUUGGAAGUACAGUUCUGGCUUCGUCACUGCAGACAUGAUUAAAACCCACCUCCCUUCCCCCAGCAGUGAGACACUCAUUCUCAUGUGUGGGCCACCACCUAUGAUUCAAUUUGCGUGUCAGCCCAACCUGGACAAACUUGGCUAUCCCAAGAGCAGUACAUUUUCGUAUUAACACUGAUGUCAUCUGUUACCUUUUCAUUUUCUUGAUUCCUUUUGGACUCUUUCUGUUUUCUGGAGACAAUGGAGAUUGUGGACCUGAAUCCGUUCCCGAAGAAAGAGGUGAA